CACCAAGGUGUACACAUUCCAUCUGUCAAACGAAAAACGAGCAUGAACGGUGUGAGUUUGUUUACUUGAGUCUGGUUGCACGAAACAUAAUUGUACGUAGAGUUUGUUUCAAAAUGAGGUACGGACAGCUCGUAAUGGGCCCCGCCGGAAGUGGCAAGUCCACCUAUUGCGCGACAAUGCAACGGCACGGCUUCGAUGACAAGCGGAUGAUCAAGGUCGUCAAUCUGGAUCCGGCUGCGGAACACUUUGACUAUCAGCCGUUUCUAGACAUCCGAGAUCUGAUCCAGCUGGACGAUGCCAUGGAAGACGAAGAGCUUCGCUACGGUCCGAAUGGUGGGCUGAUAUUUUGUAUUGAAUAUCUCAUCGAACACUCCGACUGGCUGCGUGAUCAGCUGUGUGGAGUCGGUUCCGAUGAUGAGGACGAUACCACCGGCAUCGAAGAACCGGACGACGAUUAUGUGCUGUUCGAUAUGCCGGGUCAAAUCGAACUCUACACCCAUCUGAAAUCGGGCAAUUCGUUGGCUCGGUUACUAGAAUCGUGGAACUUUCGACUCUGCUCCGUGUUCCUGGUCGACUCGCAGUUUAUGAUUGACGGUGCCAAGUUUUUGUCGGGAACGAUGGCUGCAUUGAGCGUGAUGGCCAACAUGGAGCUUCCCCACGUGAACGUGCUUAGUAAAAUGGAUCUGCUGAGCAAAGUACACCGUGGGCAGAUGGACAAAUAUCUCGACCCUGAUGCGCACGCACUUCUCGGCGAGGUAACAAACGAAUCCGCGUGGGGACGCAAGUAUCGCAAGCUGUCGGAAACGAUCGGCAUGCUGAUCGAGGACUUUAGUUUAGUUCGCUUCACCCCGCUCAACAUUAACGAUGAGGAAAACGUGGCCGAUCUGCUACUGAUGAUCGAUAACGUCAUCCAGUAUGGCGAGGAUGCGGACGUGAAGGUGCGCGAUUUUGAUCCACCAGAACCGGAGGAGGUAGAGGACGACAGUCGGCACUAUCAGGAUGAUUAAAGUGGCACAAUGUGUGGAUUUCGUCCUAACAUACGUUUAUAUUCGCUUUGCAGUUCAAUAAAUUUAACGAUAUGGGAUUA